AUGGAUGUUCGAUCUCCUACUCCAGUUCCCAUGGGAAAUCCAAGUGACCCAAAUCUGAAGGAUGCAUGGCGCUUGGAUGCACCGGAAGACAAAAAGGACUGGAGGAAAAUUGUGCCUGAGAAUGAAACAAGUCGCAGAUGGCGUGAGGAGGAAAGAGAAACUGGUUUACUCGGUGUUAGGAAAGUGGACCGAAGGAAAACAGAACGUCGCAUUGACAAUGUCUCAAGCAGAGAAACCGGCGACGUCAAAAAUAUUGCCUCUUCUGAUAGGUGGCAUGAUGUUAACUCUCGUGCUGCUGUACAUGAGCCUCGGCGCGACAACAAAUGGUCAUCUCGCUGGGGCCCUGAUGACAAAGAGAAAGAAACACGUUCUGAGAAGUUAGAUAAUAACAAGGACAAGGAAGAGCCUCAGACUGAGAGUCAAUCUGCUGUUGGCAGCGUCCGUGCGACUUCUGAACGGGACUCUGACCCUCGUGACAAAUGGAGGCCACGUCACAGGAUGGAAUCCCAGUCUGGUGGGCCGAAUUCUUACCGUGCUGCACCUGGUUUUGGACUCGAUAAAGGACGAACCGAGGGCCCAAAAGUAGGGUUCACCGUGGGACGUGGAAGGGCAUCCGUGACUGGGAGGGGUUCUUCAACUACCUCUAUUGGUGCUGGUGCGUUCUUAAGAAAUGAAAGCAUCCCUGGUAAACAAAGCCCUUCUGCCUCUAUGUUUCGGUAUCCAAGGGGUAAGGUUCUUGACCUGUAUAGAAAUCAGAAGCCUGAUCCUAGGAUGCCCACUGAGAUGGAGGAAGUUGCCUCAAUAACUCAAGUGGCUUUGAUCGAACCUCUUGCUUUCAUCACACCUGAUGCUGAAGAAGAGACAAGCCUUACCGGUAUAUUGAAGGGAAGGAUCACUAGUAGCGAAGUGCACAUAUCAUCUGGGGAAGAAUCCUUAGGUGAAAACAGCCUGGUGGAAUUCCGCCUACCUGACUCAGGUGAGACAAAAGUGGAUGGUGCUUCACUAGGGCUUGCGAAUGGUGACAAAGGUUCCAUGCAUAAUAGUGAUUCCGAUUCUGAACCAACGCCAAACACUUAUGUUUUAGGAUUACUUGGUAGUCAUGACGGAGGUCCGUGGGGUGCUUCAAGUGUCUCAAAACUGAAUUCUGUGGCUUCUGACAGUUAUCAAGUUCGUCAUGGAAGUCCUGAAGCGGAUAGAUCUGCUUUUGAUAAAUCCUCUGUGUUGGAUAGAAGCGAACCCCUUGUUGCUUCUUUUGAGCAAGAAUACUUUGGAAAUCUGCAGCAAUCAGAUGUGGAAGUGAAUCACUCAGAAGGGGCUAUGCCACCUGACGAGUUUAUGUUCAUGUAUAUUGAUCCUCAAGGAGUAAUCCAGGGACCCUUCGUUGGUUCUGACAUUAUUUCAUGGUUUGAACAAGGGUUUUUUGGGACAGACCUACAGGUGCGCUUAGCAAAUGCUCCAGAAGGAACUCCUUUUCAAGAUCUAGGCAGUGUCAUGUCAUAUCUAAAGACAGAAAGUGAUCGAAAAAGUGAGCUUGGAGGGACUAGUUUAAAAGUAAAUUCGGAGAGUGGUAUAUUAAUUGCACCUGUCGCAGAAUCUAGUGGUUCAUAUUCUACGCAUAACGACCCCUCAGCUCACGAUAAUUUUCAUAGAAAGUCAGAGUCUGAAGCUUAUGCGAAACCACCUCAUGCCGAUGAACGAAGUUUCUUGGACUUUUCUGCUCAAGAUGAAGAAAUCGUAUUCCCAGGAAGAGCUGGAGUUUCUGGUUAUGCAUCGGUAAAAUCCUCUACAAGUAUGCAUGAUGCUUUAAUGGAAUUUCCUGGCCACUCUGCUAUUCCGGUUGAAUCAACUAAGGCUGCUACUGGAAAUCAGAAUGAGAACAAGCUGCACCCAUUUGGUGUGUUGUGGUCUGAGCUAGAGAGCGGUAGUACACCAGUUAAUCUGUUACCUAGCAAGUCUUAUGGUGCAAUGGGGGAGCCUACUGGUUCAAUAGACAAUUGGCCCAUUGAUUCCCGAAGAACUACACAUAUUGAUCCAAACAUGUCCCUGGAUUCUCGGGCUGCUAACAGGAUGUCGCAAUUUGAUCAUGAAUCCAAUCGCUUUAACCUUGGGGAUCAGUUUCCAUCUAAUCAACAUCGUCAACAGCAAUUCCAAAAUCAGGAUAUGCUGUCACAUUCACAUAUGGGUGAUCAAGCUCAGGAUCUGGAGCAUUUCAUAACUCUCCAGUUGCAACAGCAGCAGAAGAUUCAGUUGCAACAGCAGCAGAAGAUUCAGCUGCAACAGCAGCAGAAGUUUCAGCUGCAACAGCAGCGGGAGAUUCAGUUGCAACAGCUGCAGAAGUUUCAGUUGCAACAACAGCGGGAGAUUCAGUUGCAACAAGAGCAUAAAUUACAUCAACAGCUCUUACAGGAGCAACAGCAGUCCCAUGCUCGACAAUUUCAUUUGCAACAGAUUCUACAAGGACAGGCCCCUGAUUCAAGUUUUGGGCAGUCGCAUGACUUUCCUCGAUCCAAAAGUGUUGAUCAGAUUUUGUUAGAGCAGCAGCUAAUGAAUGAAUUGCAGAAGAGUUCUGGCUAUCCGUCACAUAAUUUUGCACCAUACAUGGAGCACCUUGCCGCAGAAAAUUUUGGGCAGUUGCCGCAUGAAGGCCAUCAGAAGGAGCUACUUGACCAGCUACUGCAAUCUCAAUAUGGACAAUUGCAAUCUCAAUACGGACAAAUGCAAUCUCAACAUGGACAACUGCAAUCUGAAUCAAUCCGCUCUUUGGAGCACCAGCUACUACAGCAAGAGCAGCUUUUGCAGUUGGCGAAUGGAGCGAGGCACAAUUCACUAUUGGAGGAACAGAGACAUUUUGACCCUCUGUGGCCAUCUGACCAUAAUGAUCAGCUUCUGAGAAGUCAUCCUGGGAUCCACCGUUCACGCUCCUCUGCGGGAAUUAGACCACUAGACUUUCAUCAACAGCAGCAGAGGCCACCCUUUGAGGAUCACUUUGGUCAACUUGAGCGGAACCUUUCAUAUCAGCAACAACUUCGGCAAGAAUUAUUCGAGCAGGGUCUUCCAUUUGAGCGAUCAGGGUCUUCCGAGAUUAAUCUGGAGGAAGCAUUAAAAGAGAUUGGACUCUCUAAUGGACCAUUUGCUAAACCGCUUUAUGGACAAUUGGAGCCAACGAGAGAACGCUGGCCUGGAGCAGAUACACAGCUAGCUGGUGACUGGGCUGAAUCUCAAUUUCAUAGAUCAAAUAUUGAUGCUGAACAUAAUAAAAUGAGGAGACUGGGCGAGGAUUCCAACUCAUGGAUGGUAGAUGGAUCUACAGACGACAAGUCAAAGCAGCUUUUUAUGGAGUUGCUCCACCAGAGACCAGGCCAACAAUCUGCUGAGUCAGCAAGCAUGAACCGUGGGGAACUCUAUGACAGGAUGGCUCCCUCAGGCCGCGGCCUUGCAGACCAUGAUGGUAGACUAAACGCUUCAUCUACUUUUGGGUCGCGUGCGUUUUCUGAUGAACAGAUAAACAGAUUACCAAGGGACGGGAACUAUAUGGGAUCGUUGCAUCGUAAUAGUUCCUUGCGUUCUGGAAGUAUCGAUGAUGGGCGGUCAACUCAGAAUGAAACUCAAGCCUUCGGUAAUAUGUUUGCUAUGAACAAAGAGGCGAAUGACAUCAAAAAUUGGAAUAAUGUGCCGCCUAAAAAUGAGGGAAUGAUGUCAUUUGAAACCCAAGAAAGAAUGGGGAAGCAAUUAGACUUCUUGGUUCAAGGGGAGCUUCCUGUUGCUACUCCUGCCCAACAGUGUUCAUUCAAUAUUUCUGAGCCAUACAGUGACAACUUGGUUGGAGAAGAAAGAAGAAAGGAUAGGAUGGUAGUUCCAUCACACGGGCAGGAAUCAGUAUUGUUAAAAAGGCCUCAGUCGUCGCAUUCUUCAUCAUCGCAUGAGGGAUUGCUCGAGCAUUUGUCCGAUGCAGCCAACAGGACUGCUGCUACUUCUUACAGUGGAAUUGAAGGAGGAGGAGGGAGACGGGAAGCAGGCGGAGCAGCGGGGGUAAACAGAGGAGAGGCGUCCUUCAGCGAGAUGUUGAAGAAGAGCAGUAGCAGCAGCAUGAAGAAAGUGGCGGCGGAGUCAUCUGAUGCGACAACCACCGAUGGAGGCAAAGGAGGCGGCGGUGGGAAGAAGAAAGGGAAGAAAGGGAGGCAGCUUGAUCCUGCUCUUCUCGGCUUCAAAGUCGCCAGCAAUCGCAUCCUUAUGGGCGAGAUUCACCGCGCUGAUGAUUUUUAG